GACACUUGCGAUUCAGUUGACAGUUGAGUCAGUUGAGCACGUUGUUACAUCGCUGUUUUUGUUUAUUUGGGAAAUAUGGACGAAAUAUAUGAAAAAGUGCCUUGUAGAAAGACCCAGCUUCAAGAUUUGUUGGAUCUUUUGGGUGAAGACGAUGAACCGCUUCCAGUUUCAGUAUUUAUCAGCGGAGACAUGGCUACUGGAAAAAGUCUUUGUGUUAACACAGUGCUGCAGUAUUUAGGUUUCAAACACGUUAUUAUAAACUGCAUCGAGUGUUACACACCGAAGAUUAUGUACGAGGCUAUUUUAACAGGGCUUUACGACAAUCAGGUAGAUAUCAAAUGCGAUUCUUUAUGGGAAUUGAUGAAUAACCUAAACGCAUACAGCGCUGAACAAACUCGCUACGAGCCGAUCGUGUUGGUGUUCGAUCGAGCAGAAAGGUUUCAGAAUAUGGAUCAAAGCAUCAUGCCCACGUUUUUAAGACUGCGCGAGUUUUGCAGCCUGAAUAUUUGCACAUUUUUCAUUACUUAUCUCAUUUACGACAACUUCUACUUCAAAACGGGAGUCCGAAAUCCUAUAACGAUGUACUUCCCAAACUACAAUAAAGACGAACUGUUCAAAAUCAUAUUUCUGCAUCAGAAAGCGUUCGUGCGUCACGUGACGAGCAAUCACAUUGUUGAUCACGGUAUUAAAGAAGAUCUUGAACGGCCAGAGUUGUUUGAAAACUUUCUUAAUGCAUUCUUGAGCGUGUUCUACCGACCGUGCCGGGAUUUAAUCGAGUUACAUUACAUGGCGAAAGUAAACUUCGCCAAAUACUGUGAACCGAUCAUACGAAACGAAAUCAAAUCAACUGAUUUACCAAAGUUGUGGCGCCACAUUGCACCCAUACUCAAAGAAAGCUUAGAAUUACUCUACUUAAGAAUACACACAUCAACUCCUAGGACAACAUCGGCCGGUAAAGAUAACAAUGAGUCGACAGAACUACAGAACUUGAACUUUAAAAAUACAUUAAAAGAAGAACUAUUAUCAACUAAAGCAUUUGCACAAAGUUUUGAACUCCCAUUCUAUUCGAAAUUCCUUUUAAUUGCUGCUUAUUUAGCAAGUUACAACCCACCGAAAGAAGAUAAGAGAUUGUUUAUGAAAAAUCAUGGAAAACAAAGAAAAAGGAUGCAGCAAGUUAAGGCGAAGGCUAAAAUUACUGAAAAACUAAAUACACAACUCGGACCUAAAGUCUUUACAUUGGAUAGAUUGCUGGCAAUCUUUUACGCUAUAUUAGAGGAGAAAACUGGUUUAACAAGUAAUCUAUUGUCUCAAAUAGCCACUUUGGUGGAAUUAAAGUUGCUUGCAGGCAGCAAGGAAAUAGAUUUGGACACUCCUAAGUAUAAAUGCAUUGUUGGUUACGAUUUUAUUUCUGCAGUUGCUCAAACAGUCGGUUUUAAUGUUAGGAAAUAUUUGUACGACUUCAUUUAAGCAAAGAGUUGUUUUUUAAGUUUGAGCUAUUUCAAUACAUAAUUUAUUAUA